CCUCUCUCGUCCCUAUCCCGCCUUCGUCUCAAAGUUCGCGCUCGCCGAACCUUGGCAUUGGUGACAGCCUUUCAAACAAACGUACCAGCGACUGCCUCGAAGUUUCAGUACGCCACGCAUCCGGCCGUCGUUUAACUGGCGCCUAUCAUCCACGAGUCGCAUUCAAUCUUGAGCAUCCUUCAAUAAGGUGCGCCCGCAGCCCAUCCUCUUCAUCUAUCACCGCCCUCCUCCUUUAUCUGCUGCUGCCGCCGCCAUGUCGACCGUAAUGGUGCCGCAGGUGUUCCCGGCCAUGGACCUCAGUCUUGGCUGCAUGUUCAUCGGUCUUAUGCUGAACGUCUUCCUCUUCGGCAUGUCCAUCGUACAAGGUUACAUGUACUUUGUCAACUUCCCCAACGACAAGAUGUUCAUGCGCGUCUACGUCGGCGUACUGCUUAUCGCAGACACACUCAACUGUGUUCUAGACUGCGGUUUCAUGUAUCAAUACCUCAUCAGCCACUUCGGAAACCUCGAGUACGCCUCGAAUGCCAACCCACUCUUUGCCGCCGACCCCGUCCUCACCGGCUACAUUGCCUUCACCUGCCAAUGCUUCUUCGCCUGGCGCGUCUACCGCCUCAUGCACUCGUGGUGGUGCCCCGCCCUCAUUGUCCUCACGGGCGCCACAUCCUUCCUCAGCGCCCUCGGCACGACGAUUGGCGUCACAAUUGUCAAGACGUUCAGCGAGUUCCAGAAAUUCCAGGUCGUUGUCAUUCUCUGGCUCGCAUGCGCCGCCUUGGCCGACAUGAUCAUCACCGUCGCCCUCGUCUGGACGCUGCGCAAGUCGCGCACCGGGUUCACGGCUACGGACGACGUCAUCACUCGUCUCAUCCGCGGCACCAUCCAGACUGGUGCGGCGACUACUAUCUUCGCCUUGGCCGACUUGAUCCUCUUCUGCGGCUCCACCACGACGCUCCACUUGGUCUUCAACCUCCCCCUCGCCAAGCUCUACGUCAACUCCCUUCUCUCGACGCUCAACGCUCGCACCUUCCUGAGCAACACCCACGCUCGCCCCGCCGCCAGCUUCGACGUUGUCAACAACGGCACCAACCGCGGGUUCCGUGGCACGGGCCUGGGCAGCGGCCAGGACACGCUCUCUACUGGCUCGCCCACCAAGCCCUCCUUCAAGCGCGCCCUUGGCAUGGGCGGCGCGGCUCAGCGCAGGCAAGACAACAUCGAGCACGGCAUCCAGGUCACCACGGUUGAGGAGCGCUUCGAGGAUUCGCCCUAUGCCACGAGCGACUUCCACCACCACAGCCACAGCCACAACCAGCACCCCAUGCCCCGCCGUCCCCAGAGGGGUCCCGACGUCGGCUUCGCCAUGGGCACUGAGCUGCACCAGAUGCCUGCUCUGACCCACCAGACGUCCCGACCAGGGUUCAGGACGAUGGACUCCAACGACACGCUCGCGCAGGCGCGAAAGGGGUCCUCGUCCGAUGACGCUCUGCCUCACGCCCGCUAGACGGGUGUGUGGUAGACUUGCUAGAAGAGCGCAACGGUUGGCAACGAGAUUGUUGCUGGGUUUUGACGCAUUCAAUUGCUCCCCCUUCGUCUCGUUCCCCCUCCGUCCCUACUGCGUACUCAGGUAGACGCCCGUCUAUUAUACACAUAUACAAUACACACGCGUGCUUCCCUUCUAUUCAAAGCGACACCCUAUACACUCUCCACAAGCUCUCCCCGGACUACCACUUUUCUGUAACAUUAUGCUUCCUCCUCAUACCUUUGCUGAUAGUCAUGCCAUCUUUGCUACUACUCAC